ACUUUUACGUCAAAUUGAGGUAAUAGUAUGCAUUAUUCGGACAAAACGAAUGUACCGAUGCAUAUUCACGUGGGGCCCAGGAGUAGAGAAGAUCCUUUUGUCAUUUUUUUAAUUUUAUUUAAAUCAAUUAAAUACGUAGAAUGGUCCUUUAAAUACUUCAAUUUUAAAGAUUUUAUUCUUAGUUGGUAAAAAUAACAUUAAUUUAUAGGGAUAGAACCACUACGGUUGCAUAAUUUAUUUCCAGGCCUGUAGAAAAAUCCCCACCCACCCCUCAAUGCACCUCUUAAUUAAAAAGAUGAAAAGUGGAAUUUGUCAUAUCUGAAGUAGACUGUAUCAAGUGUACAGUAUAUACAAAAUGUGUUUACUAUUUAGCACUCAUUUCGUAGGUUUUUUUUAAUGAUAAUAACAGAAUCUUAAUUUAUGUUAGCGAUAAAAAAAAAGUGGACUCUUCGAACUUAGUGCUGAGUAAGCCACUGAAGAAUUUCACGUUAAAACUAUUGCCAAGAUUUGUACAGGUUUUUUUUAGAUAACCAGGAAGGAAAUAUUUCCGUUUAUAAGCUUGUGUUGGAAAUAGAAAUUAUAGAAUAAAAACAAGUGAAGUCGAUGUCCUGUUUUAAAUAUUAAGUUUUUUAUUAUUAUUUUAAUACGUAUUUUGUGGAUAAUAUGGCUGCAAAUGAGGAUAACAAAAAGCCAGUGGAUAAUAAAAUAGAAGAAACUCAAGCCCAAGUAGAUGAGAUUGUUGAUUUGAUGCAUGGAAAUAUGGAAAAACUAUAUGAAAGAGAAGGAAAAUUAACAGAAUUAGAUAGCCGUGCAGAAAGAUUACAGAAACAAGCAAAUGAUUUUGAACAACAAACAACAAAAUUGAAAAGAAAAUAUUGGUGGAAAAAUUUCAAGAUAUGGGCCGUCAUUAUUGGAAUUAUUAUUGUUUUUAUUAUUGCAAUCAUUGUUUAUGCAGUUCAAGCAAAUUCCUAAGCAAUUUCCUAUAUCAUAUAAAGAAGUAUUACAUUAAAAUCAUUUAAGAUUUUGCCAAAAAUAUGCUUUGUGUUAUAACUUUGAAUCCUGUGUAAUGUUUAAGUAUAGUUUCAUGAAAAUGCAAUAUUUUUCUACAUAUUUAUUCAUAGUAAAACUGAACUUUUUAAUUUAGAAAUUAGAUAUUGUAAAGUAAAAAUAGGUUUUUGUAAAAUUAACAUUUUUAUUCUCACAAAAUGUUUAAAGGUUUUACUUGUUUAAAAAAUAUUCAUUUUAUUGAAUGUAAAAAUGUUUGAUAGUGUUCCAUUCCAUAACUAGUCAAAAUAUUUGUUUACAAUAUAUUUUAUUUAGUUUUAAAGAAAACGAUUCAAACAAAAUUUCCUAAUUUAAACAUGGGUUAUUUUUAAUUAAAUAAUUUAUGUAUAAAUUAAUUACA